AAUCCCAGAGCUCCCAAACAGGAGGCAGAACUCGCCUGGAAACUUUCCGAGCAACUCACAAACUUCAGUCAUGGCGGAAAGACGCAUUCCUUUCAGCUUCAUGCAAUCUCCGUCCUGGGACCCUUUCCGGGACUGGUACCAGGGCAGCAGGAUCUUCGAUCAGACCUUCGGAAUGCCGCACCUCUCCGAGGAGCUGCCCACCUUUCCCAGCACGCACUGGCCGGGAUACAUUCGGCCCUUCGGACAUCCCGAUAUGGCCUCCUUGAUGCACAUGAGUCAGAUGCCCAUGUCCCCCCCAGCGGCCAUGAUGCAGCCCCCGGUGAUGCCCUCCACUUACGGCCGGGCCCUUUCCCGACAGCUGAGCUCUGGAAUGUCGGAGAUAAAGCAGACGCAGGACUCGUGGAAGAUCAGCCUGGACGUGAACCACUUUUCACCGGAGGAGCUGUGCGUCAAGACCAAAGAUGGAGUGGUGGAGAUUACUGGCCAGCACCAAGAAAGGAAAGAUGAGCACGGUUUUGUGUCCAGAAGUUUCACCAGAAAAUACACUCUGCCCUCUGGUGUUGACUCAGAGAACAUCAGCUCGUCUCUGUCUCCUGAAGGAGUUCUGACCGUUGAAGCCCCACUGCCCAAACCGGCCAUCAUGGCCUCUGAGAUCAACAUCCCUGUUAACACAGUCAGCAGCGUCGCCUCGGGAAAGAGCGACAGCACAGCAGCGAAAAAACCUUGAGCUCCACAACACACACAAGCUGCAACUGGUUCACAUAAAUUAAAUAUCUUGCAUGAAUAGAGUGUACAAUAUGGGUGAAUCUCUUCAAGAACAUUAAUAAGGAACGUAUUUAUUGUACUGAAUUUAACUUCACAACAUAGAACACACAGUCACAUUUUCUUUAUGCAAAAUAUAAUUUCUUAUUUUUUCCCCCUUAAGUUUAUGGGGUAAAAUAGGAUUUUUUACUGGAGCCUGAAUUAUGUAGGCCUACUGCUUUUCACAGCAUUCUAAAAAAGUUUGUCAAAACCCUUCAUUGUUACGUAACAACUUCAUCUCAAUAAACUGUCCAAAUUGCUUUAA